UAACGGCUGCACUUGGGAUGAAAGGUGCUUGAAUGUUUGGCGGUGGGGUGACCGCCGACUCAAACGAUAUGUUUUUAUGAGUCCAGCAGUUGUACACGUUGUAUCGGUAACUCUUGGUGACGAAGUUGGCAUCGGGAGGGGGACAAAAUCGUAGGAACAGGUACGGUGCCGCUUUUGAAACGGAUUGUUUUUCCAAAAUAACCUUACGGAGAUGGAGGAUAUCGAUUUUACAGAAGACGAAAUUGAACAGCAGUUGGCCGUAUUGGGAUAUAGUAAUAUUCCACGACACAGACUCCGGGAAUUCAAACAAGAUCUUGAACAGCUGAUCCGACAUGAGAGAUCAAAGAGCCAGACGUCAAGUGGAAGAGACACACCUCAGUCUCACAGCAGUGCCUACGCUUCCCAAGCUGAGGCGAUGUAUAAGAGACUAUGUGCUCAGGACAGAUUACCCCAGCCACAGAAACGGGUACCAUUUUCUGAAUAUGGAAUGGAGAACCAGAACAACAUUCAGCAGUGUGAGCCUUACAUUCGAUAUUCUGUGGCACCAAAAUUAUCAUGGCCUGCUUCUGCCCCCUACAGGCCUGACAUAGGAAUUAGCCCUCACAAUUCUAGCAAUUCAGCAUCAGAUACCAGUAGAUCAGCAGGUCUUGCAACACAGCCAGGUGAUCAUGGAAAACCUGUGUUGAAGAGGAAAGUUCUAAGGAAACAGAGAGGCCAGGUCCAUGUUUUUGACGAAUCAACAGAAAGCAGAGCUGAUUCAGCAGUGGAUGUUGGUAAACUUGAGGAAGAACUAGACAGACUUCAGCUGUGUUCAGAUGAGCUGGACUCUGAGGUGGACAGUGAAGAGACCAGCAGCCUGAGUGACAAAACCAGCUCUGAGGCAGAAAGGGUUUCCUCUGCUUUCCAAGUGUACAGACGAGACUUUCGGAGAUCAGCGAGUGAGAAUGAUAUUCUGAGUCACCCCAAGUCUUUUAUCCGACCACAAAUGAAUCACCCUCACACAAGAAAUCUGAAGAAAACAGAUCCCGUCUCAAAGUAUUUCCAGUAUAAACAAGACUGGGAUACUUUCAGAGCACCUGGGGAGAAAGACCGUAAAGGACUGCGCUGGGGGAUAAGGGAACAAAUGCUGUACAAAAGUCAAGCUCCACCUAAGCCACAGCGUAUCUACGUUCCCAAUACCUAUGUUGUCCCAACUGAGAAGAAACGUUCAGCUCUGAGAUGGGAAGUACGGCAUGAUUUGGCAAAUGGAAUACAACCUCCCAAAAUAUUCUAUCCUUUCUAGAACACCAGGCUUGUACUGCUUUGUGCGGGAGCCUUAAAUAUUUUAAGUGCAAUUUAAAUAUAUUUGCAUUGUUGUUGCUUUUUUUUAGUGUACGUUAUUUAAAUUGGGCCUUAUUUUAUUUUUUUAACAUGCAUCAGGAAUGACAAAUCUCUGGGGAACACAUUUUAAUUGAAUACUGUACAUACAAAAUAAACAUUUUUAUACUUG